CAUUCUUUGAAAUGGUGGAGAAUAUCAUCAUUUCAGAAACAUCACAAAUAGCCAUCCUUCGGCUUAUUAUUAACAAAGCAUCAAGAAGUCCAGCAUGUGUCUGUGGGAAAUUUUUAUUUGUUCAAAAUAUAUACACUUUACGAACUUGCAAUUGAGAAUGACAACGAGAAUUACGAGGAUGUAAUAAAAUCUGUUAUGGAUGGUAUCUAUUUAGUGGCCAAAGAUUUCGAUAAAAUGGAUUUAGCGUCUAUACAGUUGAUGCUAUGGAGAACAGGAGAUUACUUUAACGACAAAGAAAAUUUUACUAAAGCUAUACCUUGGUAUUCCCAUACAUUAAGUACUAUGACCAUGACAGCAGAGGGUCAGCAAAAUACAUUAAUUCUGGCAAGGAAACUAGCACUGUGUUAUGCAAAAGGCGACGAUUAUGUAGCAGCAUGUACAUGCUUGGAAAAUGCGAUAAGUGCAAUCAACAAGGGACCUUACGCUCGGGAUUAUCUUUGGCUUAUUCAAUGGUCUAUUCAAAGCGGCGAUAAUCCCACAAAAACGGCUUCUUUUGUUGACAAGUUAGUACUAGCCCAGGACUUUAAGCCAACCAUGUUCACAGAUGUUUUGGAUUAUUUGUAUACGCACGGUAAAAGAUGCCAAUUGAUAGUACAUAUCCUAAAACAUAUUGUGCUGCAAAACACCAAGGAAAGAAUAAAAGACAGUGAUCAAGAAUCUUUGCUGAAAUGCAAGACAUUGUUUAUAAAGCAACUGAUAUUCGCUCUAAGAUGUAUUAUAUACGUCAAGACAACUGUUUAUGAAGAAAUAUUAAAAGAAGAAAGCUCACAGAUCAAAUAUCUGAAUUUCAGAUCAAUAUCAAAUUACAUCAGACGUGUUUGUCAAAUUAUCGGAAGAAACAGAGACUAUUUAUGUACAUGUAGUCAGGAUAAAGUAUUUAUGAAUCAUAUUGAAUGGAUGAAAGGUACAGUUUGGAAUCUAGGUCUAUACUGUCUCAGCGUCGGCAAAAUGAUAGAAGGUACCCGUCUCUUUUGUGUUUUAAACAAGCUCACAUCUAUAUUUGAGAGUAUGGAUCAGUGUACUCAAGAACAAAGGCUGAUUCAUGUAUUCAUGGCACUUUGCUCAAAGUCCUUGGGCUUACAAAAGGAGUGCAUAAGAAAUGACGUGCAGACACUAAAGAAACAUUAUGAUCAAUUACCUGAAUGUAUAAAGACCCUUGUAGGACUGUUUGAGAUUGAGUUUCAUGUUUGCCAAGGUCAGUUUGAUACAGCCAUUGAAACGUUUAAUGUCUAUCUAAAUUUGGAAAGCCAUUCAUUUGUUGUAUUGGAGCGCAUGAUUUGCAUUGUUAUACAAAGUGACCAAUGUCCACAAAAAAUUGCAUUCCAGUUGCUCAAGUCUUUCCAAAGACUAAGUAAACUCGCUCAGCAAACAAUCGAUGUAUAUGCAAGAUGGACGCGUAUGAUUAUAUCAACAGCAUUAGCCUAUGAUCAAUCUGAAGCAUUUGACUGUCUUGAAUGGAUGAUGAAUCAAGGACUCUAUCAAAAGCAUAAUUAUCCACAGAAUGAGUUGUAUUACUUGAUUGUAGUCACUUGGAAUGAAGGGAUCACAUGUUACUUUGGUAGUCAUAAGCUUAAAGGAGAAGCCUGGUGUAGAUGUUCAUUUAACCUUUUGAAUUGUUAUCGACAAGAGAAUAAGGCUCACUUAAAAGAACAGAUGGAUAAAGCAUAUCGAAUGUUUUCCACACAAAAGGAAACAAAAACAGACGCCUGAUUUUUUUUUUCAUUCGUUUAUAAUUUCUCUUCCGCUUUAUUUUUCUUUCUUUUUUUUUUUU